UUGGCGGCUUGCGCCAUGGCUGUAGAGAUGGUUGAAACAAUCACAUUAGGCCAUCCAAUAGUACUACACACUAGUCACCAAGUUUUAUAUCUUGUAAAAAAUGUCACUACCCAACACAUGACUUCUCAAAGACUUUCUGGUUAUGAAUGUAUAUUACUGAAUAAUACAAAUCUGACUAUUAAAUAUAGUAGUGUAUCCUCAGGGCCAACUCAAAUACUUAGUGCCUUACUUACAGGAUCACCAGACUUUCCAACAGACCAUGAUUGUAUAGAGGUAAUACACCACAUUACCACACCAAGACCUGACGUGAGGGAUAAACCUUUUGACCAUGCUGAUAAUGUGUUUGUUGAUGGUUCUUGUUCCCGACCUAGUGACGGUAUUUAUAAGACAGGCUAUGCCGUUGUGCAACUACCAGACAUUGUUCUAGAUGCAGGCCCCAUUCUUUAUCCUUCUGCACAAGCUGCAGAAUUAAUAGCACUCACAAAAGCAUGUAAAUUGUUUGAAAAUAAAUCUGUUAACAUUUACACUGACUCUCGCUAUGCUUUUGGGGUUGUGCAUGAUUUUGGUAUGAUAUGGAAACAACGUGGUUUUGUUUCAGCAGAUGGCAAGACCAUCUCUCAUACAGACCUGAUUAAUGACCUUUUAGAGGCCAUACAACUCCCAAAGGACAUAGCGAUCAUACAUUGCCGUGCACAUACAUACAAGUCUGACCCUAUUUCCUUGGGUAAUGCACUUGCAGAUAAAAUUGCUAAAGAGGCUGCUUAUGUUUCUCAUACACCCGGAUCCACCAUCCGUAUGUAUGCUGUUUUAGCCCCACCUUCAUAUCCUACAGACCAUAUGCUUCUUGAACUCCAGGGACAUGCCACUCCUAGUGACAUAUCUUUCUGGACGACUAAUGGGUUAACUUUAGAUGAGAAUGGUUUGUUUUCUAAAGAGGGGAAGGUGGGCAUACCGGAAAGCAGUGCACCACUCUUUAUAGCACAAGCCCAUGGUGUUGGACACCUAGGUAUAAAACCAACAACUAACUUGUUGAAGCAAUCUUUCUACAUUAGAGGUAUAGGUGAUCAUUGCAAGGCAUAUAUUAAUAGAUGUGUAUAUUGCUUACAGACCAAUGCAACCAUUCCCAAUAAAGCCCAGCAUGACCACUUACCCCCACCUACAGCCCCAUUCACACAUCUACAAAUUGAUUUUACACAUAUUCCAAAAACUGGCACUAAACAAUUAUAUCUGCUUGUAAUAGUUGACCAAUUUUCUAAGUGGCCAGAAGCUUUUGUUACCCAGAGGGAAGAUGCAAAAACAGUCGCUAAAAUUUUAGCCACUGAAAUAAUUCCCAGAUUUGGUUGUCCGCUUCAGAUUAAUUCUGAUAACGGUCCAGCAUUCAUUAGUAAAAUCACACAUGAGUUAGUAGAAUGGUUACAGAUUAAUUGGAACUUUCACAUUCCCUACCAUCCUCAAAGCUCAGGGAUUGUAGAAAGAAUGAAUCUCAAUAUCAAGGAAAAACUUUUAAAGGCAACAGCAGGUACAUGGGUUAAAUGGCAAAACUAUUUACCUGCGAUUUUAGCAGAAAUCAGAAUGACCCCAAAUAGGACAACCAGGUUGUCUCCAUUUGAGGUCGUAAUGGGUAGACCAUUCCCGACUCCAUGGGUAAAAGGCCCACUUAUCAUUAAAAAUGGUGAUUUAGAUUGUAUUAAGGAACAAUAUGUAAAACAAUUGAUUGAUAAAUUGAAUGGCAUCUAUGGUGAUGUGUCUUCCCGUUUACCUCUUCCCUCACAGGAACCAACCCAUCCUUUCAAGCCUGGAGAUCUGGUCUGCAUUCUCCAGCUGAAUAAAGCAAAGAAAGGAGGUUUCCCGUUCAGCAAGCCAGUCACUGUGGUCGCUGUAACCAGGACUGCCGUACUGACUGACGACAAGGACAUCUGGAUACACGCUUCACGAGUGAAACUCUGUCCAAAGAGAGGAGAAGCGGGUGACAAGCUAUUGGUCACCCCUCACAAAGGAGAAGUGGGUGAUAAGGUAUCGAUCACUCCUCACAAAGACCAGGAUGACGAUCUCAAUCAUGGAUCCAAGACAUUCCUGCAAGAUCUUCCUUUUCCUAAUGGGGAUAUUGAUCUUUGUGUAUAUCCCAAUAGUAUUAAUAACGGCAUGUUAUUACUCACCCGAAGAUGCUGAACACUUUACACAUAUUUUUUUACUAUUAUUAACAUUGUUUAACUGUUACAUGUCUUGUACUUUACGAAAGAAAAUAUCAGGUAUGAUACAAGAUGCAGAAAAAGUUCAACUGCAAAAUUUAAUUAGAGGUAGACCCAGAUAGUUUAUAUUGUAGGAACAUUACAGGUUAUGUGAUCACGAUGUGAUC